AUGAGCAGCGCGAUCUUCGACGCCUGGGCCUUCAAGAGCGACAGCCCGAUCACCGUGCGCAUCCAGGAGCAAACCGCGGCCUACGGCAAGGCUACCAACGAGAAAGGAGCUUCCACUCGACGACAACUCAAACAGAACGUUGUCAAGAAGUUCACGGACUACGACAACUACGAUUGCGAGCAGAAGUCAGACCUGGUGCUCUUCUACAAAGUCGACAGCAUGUACGAGGCGGAGAAGGAGAUGCUCACGCUCGCGGUCCGCGAGCCGCAAUUCAGGGUCUACCUCCCGAAGGCGCUGCAGACUACUCCGGCGAAGCGGAAGUAUGGCAGGGCACCAGCGACGCACCUGGAGAGGGAGCCUCAGGAGUGGGUCGGGCAGCUGUUGAUGUGA